GUAGCUUGUCUCCUGUACUAGCGAGAGGGAUCCUCUUGUGGUGUUUUGGUCCAGGCGAGUCCACUCACAAAAAUGACAGCAAGGAAGUCUGGCUCACGACUUGAGACCGAGAUAGAGCGGUGCCGUUCAGAGAGUCAAUGGGACAAGAUACCGGAGUUAGUGCGACAGCUCUCGGCCAAACUCAUAUCAAACGAUGACCUCGGAGAGUUGUUGCAGGGAGAAUGCAAGCUUCAGACUUACCUGAAGGAGAACCCCAUCAAACAGGGGGCCAGUCCCAGGGGCUCGCGACCUAAACUGGUGGAGGUCAGGAAACAUCUGACUGCUGCUCUGGACAGAGGGAACCUCAAGGCCGACUACAUCCAGGAAGCCAGCCUGCUGAUGGCCAAGCUGUGCUAUGUGGAGGGAGAGCACAGAGACGCUUUAGGUCACUACAGCAGGGUGAUCCUGGAGGACAUGCAGCUUGGGGGGGCUCCUGUGUACAGGCUGUCCAUGAUAGCAGAGGCAUAUGCUACUAAAGGACUGUGCCUGGAGAAAGUCUCGGCCGCCUCUCCGGCUCUGUCCAAUCAGAACACUGGGUCUCCAGCGUCCAAUAGGAGCACAACAGACCGGGAGCAGGAUAUCAUCACCUGCUAUGAGAAGUCUGGAGACAUCGCGCUGCUCUACCUGCAGGAGGCUGAGAAGGCAUUGUCAGCAGGUAUUCAGAACCGCAGCCCGAAGCCCGGCCCGACUGCCCAGGAUCUGGAACUGGGCUACUUCCUGGAGACGGGCCUGCAGAGAGCACACGUCAUCCACUUCAAGAACGGCAACCUGACACGGGGCGUGGGCCGGUUUCGGGAGAUUCUCCGAGCUGUGGAGAACAGAACCACCCAGAGCCUGCGCAUGACUAUAGCCAGACAGCUGGCAGAGAUCCUGCUCAGAGGGAUGUGUGAACAAAGCUACUGGUCUCCUCUGGAAGACCCACCCACCGUGUCGCCAUUGGACGAUCCCACACGGCAGGGACACACUAUCAGCAAGAACUACAGCCUGAGCCGACGUCCCCGGGUCUACUCAGGAGAGAAUCUGUUUUGCCCGCAGGAGAACACAGAGGAAGCUCUGCUGCUGCUGCUCAUCAGUGAGUCCAUGGCUAACCGGGACGCCGUCCUCAGCAGGAUCCCUGAGCACAACAAUGAUCGCAUCAUCAGCCUGCAGUCGGCCUCUGUGGUGUACGACCUGCUGACCAUCGCUCUGGGCAGGAGGGGGCAGUAUGAGAUGCUGUCAGAGAUUCAAUUCCCCAAACAUGAAUGUUUUAUUGCAAUCCAGUGGAGAUGUGUCGUGUGUGUGCAGUGUUUGGAGAGAGCCAUGAAGUUUGCCUUCGAGGAGUUCCACCUGUGGUACCAACUCGCUCUGUCACUAAUGGCUGCUGGGAAAUCAGCGCGUGCCGUUAAAGUCCUGAAGGAGUGCAUCCGUCUGAAGCCAGACGACCCCACCAUCCCACUGCUGGCUGUCAAGCUGUGUAUCGGGCCCCUGCACUGGCUGGAUGAAGGGGAGUGCUUUGCCAACAUUGUGAUUGACAUGGGGGAGAAAGCAGCCGAGUUCAGAGCCAAAGGCUUCCUGGCCAUCGGGCUGGUGUACAGCCUGAAAGCCACUGACGCAUCGCUGCGGAGCACGCAGGAGGAGUACCAGAGGAAAGCUUUGGGAGCCUUCCAGAGAGCUCAGAGUCUGUCUCCCACGGACCAUCUCGCAGCCUUCUACCUGGCGCUGCAGCUCGCCGUGUCCAGACAGAUCCCAGAGGCUCUAGGCUACGUACGACAGGCGCUGCAGCUUCAGGGCGAUGACGUCCACUCCCUUCACCUGCUCGCCCUGCUGCUCUCCGCUCAGAAACACUACCACGACGCGCUUAAUAUCAUAGAGAUGGCUCUGUCCGAGUACCCCGAGAACUUCAAUCUGCUGUACACCAAGGUGAAGCUGGAGUCCAUGUGCCGAGGACCGGAGGAAGCUCUGCUCACCUGUAAACACAUGCUGCAGAUCUGGAAGAGCUUUUACAACCUCACUAACCCCAGUGAUUCAGGCCGUGGCAGCAGUCUGCUGGACAGAGCCAUAGCAGAUAGACGGCAGCUCAACGCCAUGACCCUGCCUGACUUCAGCGACCCAGAUACAGUCUCAGGUUCUUCUUCAUCCCACUGUAGUUCUGAACCCGUCUCCCCUACCUCCCCGUCCACCAUUUCCACACUCUCCUCCCCUCUGUCCUCACCCACUUCCCCUGUCUUCAUCCUCCAGCCUCCUCCUCUCCCUCCACACAAAAACGUAUCCUUCCUCCCUUCUGCUGGCCCUUUACCUCCUCCUCCUCCUCCUCCUCCUCCUCCUGCGCCCAACAAGAACAGGACUCACUCCUUUUGCAACCACAUCAAUCUCCGUCCGCUCUCCAAUUGUAAUCCUCCUCGGCGACCACUCUGCCUGUAGCAUGGUGUGAAGAGUGACCUAAAAGAAAACGGCUCUUUGAUUGCUUGUGUGUUUAGUGAUGAGAGCAUUCCCCAGGUUUUUGCUCUGGUAAUCCAAAGUAUGUGGAUAUUAGUGGACCAGAAAUAUCCUAAAUAGAGGAUUAGCGGCUCAGGAGAUUGUCAAAAUUGAGCAACUGCCGAAAGGACAAGUUUAACACUAAACAGACUAACCGUUAGGACCGGAUGUGCUUCAUAUUCACAGAUAGUUCUCAGUCCUGCAAACAGAAGCUUGAGCCUUGAUGCUGCAGUUGUUUUUUCAGCUUACUCAAGGUCUCAGGUUAACUUACACACUUUAGUUUAACUCCAAACACUCUCAAGUGAGACAGGGACAAUAUCUAUCAGUUUAGCUCUCUUUUUCCCUUGGAUAUUAUAAAAACGUAGUUUUACAUACAGCUUUACUGUCUCUUCACAUCUAUCUACUUCUCCCCUGGCCGUGUGUCUCUUGUUUUUGUUAGUCUUCUGCAUCCUCCUCCUUUCUCUUUCUAUUUCGGUGAGGAUAUUACAUUUGAGCCAACAUGAAUCUGUCUUGUUUCCAACCUUGUGUUGUCUCUCCAUGUUGCCAUCUCUUAUACUAAUGAUGUUUGCACUGAAAAUAAUGGCUGUUAUUUAGUCAAAUCAUUUAAGCUCAUAGAAAUGUCACUGUAGAUUUUUCUCCAGAGGGGGAUUAUAAUAAGUCAGACCAAGAACAAUUACAUCAUCUAAAAUCACAAUGAUCAAAAUUACCAAAAAUCUAUUUGAUUACUUUAUUAGUAUACUACUUAAAUAUAUAGUCCUUUAAAAAGCUUUCCAUUCCUAAUUCCAAUUUAAAUGCAAAAUAGAUCCUUUGCACCUCCAUAUUUUAAGGAUACACAAACCUAAGAGAAUUAUAGCAAAGUAGGUUAUUUAAGAUACUAUGCAUGUUUUAUAGGUUUGUAUUUAACAUCUUUUCACCCUCUGUCUGAAAGCAGAGCCCAGUCUGCUCUGAUUGGUGAGCUGGCUGCCUCUGUGAUUGGUUAACCAUUUUGAGAUGUCCCGCCCCAGAAAGAUAUAAAGAGGUCCUAUUAUCUAUUAAGCGUUUGACCAAUCAGAGCAGACUGGGCUCUGGUUUCAGACAGACGGUGAAAAGAGGUGCUGCAGCACAGGCAGUAUGAGAAAAAUAAAGAGCUUUUUGAACAUUAAAGCAUGGAGACAUGUCCCAGUAGAGGCACAGAAUAGUAAGAAGCUGAAUAUGAUUAUAAUAUGUCCUCUUCAACAUUUAUGGCUAUGUAUGUACAGAUGUGCUCAUAUUUAAGCAUUUAUUUGAACAGAUUACAGCAUAGGAUAACUCAAGUGGAAGCAGCAUUUUAUCUAAAGUAAGGAAUAAAAACCUCUUUAACGUGCUCUACAAUCUUCCUUUAUUAUUUAUUUGGAGAUUUCCUCUCUGUCUCUUCCUUUUCCUCAAUCAUUAACAAUCGUAUUUCUGUUUUUUUCCCAUCCCUCCGUUUUUUCAAGGCGGCUUUCAGGACGCUAACACUCUUGGUUUUUCCUCCAUGUUUUCUGUUUGUAAGUAGCCAUGUAACCUCCAUCUGACCUUCUUUUAUCCAUCCAUUGCUCCGUCCACCCUCUGAUCCCAGCUGACCUUCCUUUACCCCGACUAGGUUCCGAUAUAUGUACAUUAUUUUAGGAAGGGAAAAUGUACAUAUAUCCUCUGCUUUAACCUGAUGUCCACAGCCAGUAGUUAGGAGAAUUGUACUGAAUGUAUAUCAAGUUGAUGGUAUUUGAUUUUAAAGGAAUACAACGACUUAAAGGAAUAUAUAUCCUAAAACGUCAAAUGCUUAUCCAUUUCAGCAGAGCAAAUGCGGACAGAGGCAUAGCAAUAUGAACAUUUUAUUUCCCAAUAUCCUGGCCAUGAUUUUAUCCUGAGAAUCAUCAAAUAAUCAAAAACACAAAAUCUAUAAAUAACCUAAAACUGUUUAAUUUGAGUUUCUUUUUAACCUUUUUUUUUUGUUGAAAAAAUGAGUAUUCUAUGACAUGUUAACAUUUUGAACAAAGGGUAUUUAAACCCAUUCUUACUCGUUAAAAAUAAAAUAGCACUAUGCAUACUGGAUAGCAUACUUUUUGAUUAGAAAUGAACAUUUGUUGCCAAAUUUGUUGUUAAUAGUGAACAGUGUUUAGAGUUAAAAACAUUAAAAAAAACCUGAAUAAAUAAAGAUUAUAUUUCUUUUAAUUUAUUUUUUAUUUCUGGAUUUUAUAUAUUAUUAUUACCCUGAAAAUGGAAAUUCACCAGUUAUACCAUAAUUAUACACCAUAUUAUAAUAUAUUAUAUUACAUAGCAUAUAUAUUAAAUGUAUUACUAGAUUAUAUUUAAAAUUAUACAAAAAAUUGAAAAUGAUAUUUAUUUUAUUAUAUAGAGAUUCACCACGGUUAACCCUUUUUUUUUUUUUAAAUGAAUGCAACCCACAAUCAAAUCCUUAAUUUUCCAAUCCGUAGAAGCAGCUUCCUGCAUGCAGCACUAAUCAUCUGGAUUGUGGCUGUACGAUUAAUAAAUCAUGGCAAUAACCACUCGAGAAAGUGGUAAAGUCAUAACAUAGUGCAUAUCCAACAAACUCUAAUGGAAACGUUGUUCAAUUAAAAGAUAGCCAAUUGAUCAUCUUGUUCAAGAGAAAUGUUUGUUUUAUUUGUUACAUCCGUGCAUUUCUUCCUGUCAGUCAGUGUAUUCCUUUGAUUCAGUGAGCAGCUUUGGUGCAUGUGUUGCUGUGUGAAAUGUUAGGCACAAGGCACGGCCCGAGGCUUCCUACCUACUCUGCUAGCAAAUGUCUAAUGGCACCAAUUGAAAACUUCUAUCCAUUCAAAAGAAAAUCUCAUGGUUUUCUCAGUUUUAUAUAACAUCCAGUUCAUAGAUUGACUUGAAUAACGGGGUACAAAAUGGUCAGAGUGAAAGCAAUUCAUAAGAAAAUACACAGCAUGACUACUUCUGUUCAUUUUUAUGAAACUCCAACUAACCGCUGACUGAAUAGCACUUUGUUCUUUCACCCACAAGGCCACAUGUCCUACCGUCGGUCUAUAAGCAUAUCCAUAAGAGCCUUGCAUAACAACAGCGUAGAAAAGUGAAAGGGUGGAUUUGAGGGAAACAACAUGCUGGAUAUCCAUAAAUGGAGAGAUUGAUGAAACACUUAAAAGAGGAUUAUUCAGUAUUAUUCAACCGACACCCCGUUUCCCCAUGUUUUGUGAUUAAUUACUGAAACGGACAAAACAAUUUCUGAAAUGAUCAGUGUAAUCAUAUCAAUUCCACGCCGUCAUUAUUCGUCCACAAAUAUUACUUGCCAUUACUCAAGCCAGUAAUGUUGCCUUUAAACUGGCAUUUCUAAAGGGUUUUCUUUUAAUUGAUUAGUUUUAGUUACAGUUGUGAUGAAUUUCUUGGCUUCUGAUGAUGUGUUGAUAUUAUGCAACUUGUGGUUCAUAAAAAGAAGAAAUAUUUUCACAGGCAUUCAUCAAAGAAAACAGGCCUUUACAAGAGUCUAACUAAUCCAAACAAAAGAGGCUAAACUCAAAUAAAAUCAUAAUCAAAGUUAGAUCAUCUUUCUGUAUAUUCUGUUGUACAUAAUAUAAUGAACGGUUGUCUGAACGGCGUCUCCUCCACAGGUUGCCCAUAUCUAUGUCUGUUAAAGGGGCCCUACUAUGUUUCUGGGGGGUUUCCCUUCCCUGUAGUGUGUUAUAUAGGUUUUAGUGCAUGUAAAUGGUCUACAAAGGCUAAAAUCCCUGUGUUCCCUCCAGUGGGAGUUUCUCACCCACACACUACCUGAAACGCCUCCAUUGGACUCCUUUGUCUACCUCUAGAACAUAAAGACAUAACUUUGUAACAUAUAGCUUUUGGCUCCAACACUUUGUACGUGAUAGGCGGGACAUCUCUAAGCAGUUGACCAAUCAAAACAGACCAAGCUAACCAAACAAGACAGGCUUGAUUUCUUAGCUGACCAUGGAAAUAUGCCAUGGGAAUAGUAGUCUUGUAUAGUGCCUUGACUAUAGAGGUCACAAAAAAACUCUAACUGGCUCCAGCAAACACUAAGCUAUGUUUUCUAAACUGCAACAAAACAAACUCUCUGUGACUCCCACUCACCUUUCCUCUCUGACAACAAGUCGAGUGACACAAAAAAAACAAGCCAAUCUCACGAAAGGUAAAGGAAAUGUUUUAUUUCUCUGUAGGGUCUUUUUCUAAUAGUGUAGUAAAGACACUCAUGCUGUCAAUACCAAUCCAGUCCCACUUUUAAUGCUAUUGUGUGUAUGUGUGAGAGAGAUGGACAUCCAUUAAACACACUUUUAAAGCACAAAGAAACACACUCUUGCGUGCUUUGCUCUCUCUCUCAGACACAAACACACACACAGCUUUAAUAUUCAAAACUUGUCUUUCUAUCCUCGUCUCACUCGUCUUUUACACAUACUUCCUGUCCCCUACGACCCCGACACACAGCUCGUGUCUUUGUAGUUGAAAGAGUAUUUUGGACCAUAGAGAACAGAGUAAUAGGAGAAGGGGAUGGGUGAUGGUUGAUUAAGGUAAAGCUUUUAUUCCGGCGAGGUUCGACCAUUCGCCAUUUUCAUUUUUGUCCAUGUUCAGGAUAUAAACAUUGCAUAUUAAUAUAGUUAUAUAAUCACUACAGGCUGCAAAUGACGUGACUUAAAAACCAAAAAAGUUUGUCUACCACGUUAGACUAGCAUUAGUAUUUUUGAAGAAAUGUAAAGCUUAAUCAGUGUCUGUAUUUUCAGUAUGUAACGACAGGAACUUAACUAUUUUUCAAAUUAUAAAAGUUGUAUAGUUCAAAAAAUGUAUCUAAAUCCAAAUUGCACACACAGAACAGAUCUUAUUGAGUUUAGUCAUCAAUGUUAAGUUCAUAUCUAUCAAUUAAAUGUAUUGAAAAUAUACAUUUUUACAUUUUGACAUUUUUAUGGUACGGUGGCCAACAGGUGCAAAAACGCUACAAUGGCCAAAAACAUUUCCAUUAGGAGAAAUGCUUUGAAGUUAAACAUGCUGCAAAUUAAAAAAACACAUGCAGAUGAAGAAAGGUUUAUUGAAAGAUCAGAUCAUAAUGGAUUUAGUCGUACAUUUUCAGUCAGAUUGAUCAGUUAUGGUUAAAAAUAUACUUUUUCAGACAUUUCUACAUUAUUUUGGUUAACGUUGGAUUCAGGGAACCCAUAAAUUAUGAGUUUGACUAAACUUGUUCUGUGUAAGAGCAGGAUAUGAUCAAAUAAUACACCAGAAGACGUCUUAUGUUUUGCUUUCACAGAUCUGCAGUGUGCUCCUGCAGUCCCUUGCGGUGGCCAUUUUGCCUCCCUGUUAUAAUGUAUUCCAAAUGCAGACACAAAAUCUGAGACGCACUUACUAAUCAGCUGAGUGCAGGUUGAUGCAGUGUUUAUGCAUGGUUGUGUAGAAAUUAAUCCAUUUAAACCUGGUUAAUCCAGGGCCCAUAACACUGUGUGCAGCGUGUGGAAUGGUGUGGACUGAUUAAAGGCUUUAGAGCAGGAACAGGAGUCUGCGAGCCCAGAGUUGUGAGCUUUACCCAAACACUCCAGAUUUCACUUCCUGUUUCUGGGAAAUCUGAUGUUGUUUGGUGUAAUUAAAAGCCGCUGAGUGCUGCAGUAGGUAGUCAGCACCUGCAGGAGA